AUGCCUCAAGCAAACUGCAUGAAGUGUGCCAAAAAAAUACCACUGCAGUUGUUGCCACUUCAUGUUGAAGACUGUGAAGAAACUUCUACAGAGACUGAAACUGAUGUUACUAUAAUUGAGGAGAAGGAUUGUGCUGAAUUUGACCAGCCAAUUGAGCAGUCCAGAGGGAGUGAAGAGAAAUCACAGGAGACUGAAACUGAUGUUACUAUAAUUGAGGAGAAGGAUUGUGCUGAAUUUGACCAGCCAAUUGAGCAGUCCAGAGGGAGUGAAGAGAAAUCACAGCUCAAUAAAGCGGAACUUGAUGAAGCAGAACGCACUCGACUAAUUGACUUGUGUUUGUUCUGGGACCUUCCAGUUCCAUCUCCUACAAAUCAGGAGUGGCUGUUCCAGCAACUGCUGACACAUGCUGUUCUUGGACGUGUAAAGAAACAAAUCAAAGAUCUGCGCAGAGGGAUGAAGGACACUGGGAUAUGGCCACUUAUUUCCCAAAGACAGGAUGUUCACAGGGUCCUUUUUCCAAGGGAAUCAACAGAAGUUAUUGAUUCACAGACUGUCCUCCAGAAAAUUACCUGGCCAAAACUAACAGAAGAUGACGACGAUGAUGAGGGUGACAUAACCAUAGAGAAGCUGACCCUCAUUUCUGGCUAUAUGCGCACUUUUAUUGAGGAAGCAUCACCAGCUAUACUGAGCGACCUGACAAGGUUCUGGGUGGGGUGGGAGAUACCAGAAGAAAACCUUGUCCUAGAAGUUGUGACUGCUGAAUACCCAGUGGCACAUACGUGUUUCAACACACUGUGCCUCCCGUGCCAUUACCAGAACUACACGACUUUUAAAAAGGACAUGCUUAUGUGCCUAAAAUCUGUUAGCAGUGGAUUUGGCCUUGUUUAA